AAUUAGUGGUGGCAACCAGCCUGAAUUCCUGAAGUCCUAAGCUAUAGCUAGCACUAGCAGCUAGUUGCUCCAAAGCCCAAACCAUGCAGCACUCACCUUCAAACGAAAUGACCCUCCUUCUCCUUCUCUUCCUCCUUGGAUGCACACACUACGGUCACGCCGGCUCAGACCGUCCCAAGAUCGACUCCAUCUUCAGCUUCGGCAACUCGUACGCCGACACCGGCAACUUCGUCAAGCUGGCGGCGCCGGUGUUCCCCGGCAUCCCUUUCAACAACCUCCCCUACGGCGAGACCUUCUUCGGCCACCCCACCGGCCGCGCCUCCAAUGGCCGCCUCAACGUCGACUUCAUCGCUGAGGGCCUUGGAGUCCCCUUGCUCGCCCCGUACCAUGGCGAGUCGCAGGACUUCAGCCAUGGCGCCAACUUCGCCGUCGUCGGCGCCACGGCGCUCGAUCUCGCCUUCUUCCAGAAGAACAACAUCACCAGCGUGCCCCCGUUCAACACCUCACUGAGCGUGCAGGUCGAGUGGUUCCAAAAGCUCAAGCCUACCUUGUGCUCGACAACCCAAGGGUGCAAAGACUACUUCGAGAGAUCGCUCUUCUUCAUGGGCGAGAUAGGCGGUAACGACUACGUCUUCCUCUAUGCCGCCGGCAAGACCGUCGACGAGGCCAUGUCAUACGUGCCAAAGGUCGUCCAAGCCAUCUCUGCCGGCGUCGAGGCGGUGAUCAAGGAGGGAGCCAGGUACGUGGUGGUGCCGGGCCAGCUGCCGACGGGCUGCCUCCCGAUCAUCCUCACGCUGUACGCGAGCCCGGCCGCGGCGGACUACGACGCCGGCACCGGCUGCCUGUGGCGGUUCAACGCGCUCGCACGCUACCACAACGCGGUGCUGUUCGCGGCGGUGUCGCUGCUCCGGGCCAAGCACCCGUCGGUCGCCAUCGUCUUCGCGGACUACUACCGCCCGGUGAUCAAGUUCGUGCAAAACCCAGACGAAUUCGGGUUCAGCGAGUCGUCGAAGCUCCGGGCGUGCUGCGGCGGCGGCGGCGGGGCGUACAACUACGACGUGGCGGCGGCGUGCGGCUUCCCCGGCGCGGCGGCGUGCCCGGACCCCGACGCGGCGAUCAACUGGGACGGCAUCCACCUCACGGAGGCGGCCUACGGCCAGGUCGCCGCCGGCUGGCUCCGCGGCCCGUACGCGCAUCCGCCCAUCCUCGCGGCCGUGCAACGAUCUGACGAAGGAAACCCCAUCCAAAUGGCUACGUCGAUGCCUGCCUCUUUCUGAUACGCUCUCCUUUUGAGUCACUUUGUCUCUGUUAUUCUUAAUCCAAGAGUACCCCAGCUGUUAAUUGUAUAUGCUCCUUUAAAAAGGAGUCCAUAAGUGACAGUUACUGGAAGUCGGAGCUGCUUCAUCGAUUGCGAUGAGUUUGGCAGCGAUAUAUAACCGGUGACGAGUCUGAGUAGUUGCGUUGUUCUGGGGUUUUGCUUAUGCUUUCUGUGUGGUUUUUGCUGGUUUUUCAUAAAUGAACCGUGUGGUUGUAUGGUUCUGUGCAUGAAUGGUUGUAGUACCUUUUAAAAACUGAUCAUGUAGAAUAUCUUAAAAUUAAUAAAGUCAUCAUGCACAAACAA